AAAUAAUAAGACGAUGGACACUUUAACUUUAGACAAAAAUAUAAUCAAGAAAGGUGCAUGGACUAAAGAAGAAGACGAAAAGUUACGAGCCUAUAUCCAAAGAUAUGGCCACUGGAACUGGUGUUUACUUCCUAAGUUUGCUGGUUUGUCUAGAAGUGGAAAGAGUUGUAGGCUGCGAUGGAUGAAUUAUCUUCGCCCAAACAUCAAACAUGGAAAUAUUACAAAAGAAGAGGAUGAGAUCAUUGUGAGAUUGCAUAAACAGCUUGGCAACAAAUGGACUGCUAUAGCUGCUCAGUUGACCGGAAGGAGUGACAACGAAGUAAAAAACCGUUGGAACUCACAUUUGAAAAAACGGGUUCAAGAUGAUGAAACUCAUGUGUUAGAAAACAUUAAUCACGAUGAAACCAUCAAGCCUGAUGAAGCACCUUCAUGUUCUUCUGGCACUGAUAAUAGCUCAGAUUAUCAUAUUCCAAGUGAUGUUACGCCACAAACUUACGAUUAUGAACUGACUGGAGACUUUUGGACCGAUCCGUUUUUACUGGACAUUACGUCGGCAGUUGAGAACACAACGACGUGGGGUUUAGAACACAAUUUCGGAUCUCAGUCUUCUUGGGGUGAUAUGACUAUGAGUGAGGAGUUAUCAUGGUCAGCAUUGGGUUCAUAUUUUGAAUACAACAAUUACUGACGAAAUGGUUUCUUAGCCAACUUGUCAGAUUACUUUUGUGAUCAGUAUAAUUCCAACUCGAUACAGGACUUGUUUUGAUUUCUGUAUAUCGUUAAUAUAGUUAUCUUAAAUACAUUCAAAAAGUAUAUACUUAUCGAAAAUACUAACCACGUCGCCUCUCCUAUC